CAAAGCGGAAUGUGUCACCCCCUCCCCCGCCCCAACACCGGUACCGUGAGGGUUUUGUUUAUAAAAGACAAUAAUUCCAAGAAUUAUGGAUCUUAUUUACCGGGCUCCCUUUCUGGUACUCGAGGUUCCAAACUUGAAACUGAAAAAACCAUCAUGGUUCGUGAAACCCAGUGCCAUGGUCGUAUUUUCCAUCAUAUUGUUGUCGUAUUUUAUGGUCACUGGAGGAAUCAUCUAUGAUGUGAUUGUGGAGCCACCGAGUGUCGGAUCAACAACUGAUGAACAUGGACACACCAGACCGGUGGCAUUCAUGCCUUAUCGAGUCAACGGUCAGUACAUAAUGGAAGGUCUGGCUUCAAGUUUUCUCUUCACGCUGGGUGGUCUUGGUUUCAUAAUCCUGGAUCAAACCCAUUCACCAUCUACUCCAAAACUCAACAGAAUUCUGUUGAUUUCUGUUGGAUUCAUCUGCAUCACUGUCUCCUUCAUCACCUGCUGGAUCUUCAUGCGCAUGAAGCUACCUGGCUACUUCUAGUGGUAAGCUUGAAGACAAUUAACAUUGUCUUCAGUAAUUUGCGAUCGUCGGUCGACGCUGCCAGGGAUUCCAUACCGCAAUGGGCGGGAUGAUAAAGCACAAAGGCAAUUCAAACACCAUUUCAAUUCUCUACUAUUUUAUUAAGAAUUUCAUACUCAUAUGCUAUACUUCUUAUAUUUCAAAUCACAUUAUUCCAUACAGUCGUUGGAUUAGUUACCUCCACAUAACAUAAUUCAUUAAUCGUAGGCAUAAUUAUGUCGGAAAUUUAAUCAUCAACACUUCGAUAAUAAAAUCGUGUAAAUACAGUA